AUGAAAUUGUUCUUUAUCGGCACAUCUUUAUAUAUUCUGUAUUUGAUGAAAUUAAAGUUUCGAGCAACUUAUGAUCCAAGUUUCGACACAUUCAGAAUAGAAUUCCUAUUAAUUGGUAGCUUCUUAUUGGGAUUAUUAUUUAAUUAUAAAUUUACAUUUAUUGAGGUCCUAUGGACAUUUUCAAUUUAUCUCGAAUCGGUGGCCAUUCUUCCGCAACUUUUUAUGCUCACACGUACCGGUGAAGCUGAAACAAUUACAACACAUUAUUUAUUUGCAUUGGGUGCAUAUCGUGCUUUGUACAUUUUAAAUUGGAUUUAUCGAUACUUUACCGAUGGUUAUGUUGAUUUUAUCGUGUGGAUUGCUGGUGCUAUACAAACAGCUCUAUAUAGUGAUUUCUUUUACGUGUAUUAUACAAAAGUGUUACAUGGGAAGAAAUUUGAAAUACCUCAGGGUGUUGUAUGA